AUGGUCACCAUCAACAUCCCGCACUACGCAGGCGAGUACGAGAAGCCAGAGCGCGAGGGCGCGGAGACGGCGUUGAUGCGGGAGAGUCGGGUGGUGAGGGAGAGGGUGUUGGAGAGCUUUGAGAUUAGGGAGUGGGGGCUUUUUGAGGGGUGA